GCUGGAGUCCGAGUGCCGCCGGCGAGCCGCGGGCGGCUCCUACUCAUGAACUUGAAGAGUCACGGUCAUUGAAGGCGGCCUCUUCUGCAUUGACUCUUACACAGUCUUACACAGUACAGGAGCCUGUUGGAUGGUGAUUGCACUUUCCAUUGAUGACGACUUGCAAUGCACUCUGCCCUUCGAUCAGUGCGUAUUUGAAGGAAUGGAAACUUCAGAGAAGCAGCCACUGGUUCAUGCCCAGAUCGCAUCAUCUUGAGAUAAAGUGUGGGGUCGCUAGCCCCGAAGCGAUCGCUGCUGCCGUAUCCCCACCUUUGAAAUUCCUAGAACAAUUUCAGAGAUACCUAGCGGCAGGUCUGCAGCACCAUGGCGCAGCUACCGAACUUGGACAACGCGAGCAUCAACCUGGGCGCAUACCGCGACCACGCCCGGAAGGAAUUGGUCGACGCGCUCGACUCGAUGCGGGGCAAGAAAGUCCUCGUCCUGGACCCCAAGCUGAGCGGCCCGCUUGCGCUCAUCGUGCAAAUUGCACUGCUCAAGGAGCACGGGGUGGAGAACUUGUACCACCUCACGCCAGAGCCAAUUCACACUGACUGCAAAAAUGUAAUGUAUCUGGUGCGCCCAAGGCCGGGGCUGAUGAAGCUCAUUGCCGGGCACGUGCGACAUGAUAACCGGGAGAAGCUGCAGCGGCAGUAUGCGGUGUACUUUAUGCCCCGGAAGACGAUCGCGUGCGAGAAGGUCCUUGAAGACGCGGGCAUCUUUGCUGACGUCACACUGGGCGAGUUUCCCUUGGACCUGCUUCCGUUCGAUGAAGACGUGCUGUCGCUGGAACUAGACGCGGCCUACAAGGAGCUGCUCGUGGAUGGGGACCGCAGCUGCCUCUAUGACGUGGCGAAGGCCCUCUGGCGAUUACAGGCCGUCUUUGGGACGAUACCCAACGUGAAGGGCAAGGGCCGCGCGGCGUCGCACGUGGCGGACCUGAUGGCCCGGAUGCGCCGGGAGCAGCCGUUGCCGCAGAUUCCGCCCGAGAUCGACACAAUGGUCCUGAUCGACCGCCAAGUGGACAUGAUCACGCCCAUGUGCUCGCAGCUCACAUACGAGGGGCUGCUAGACGAGUUCAUACACAUCAGCAACGGAUCAGUUGAGGUGGACCCUACCGUGAUGGGUCAAGCGGCGAACCCAAAGAAGAUCAAAAUACCGCUCAAUUCCACGGACAAGCUAUACCGCGAGCUGCGCGACCUCAACUUCGGCGUGGUGGGCAACAUCUUGCGGCAGAAGGCGACCGCGAUGCGCGAGGACUACAAGGACCUGCCCCAGAACCAGUCCGUCUCGCAGCUCAAGGACUUCGUCAAGCGGCUCAACAUCCUGCCCGAAAUGACGCGGCACACCAACCUGGCCCAGCACCUGACGACCUUCACCACUAACCCCGCCUUCCUCUCGCGCCUCAAUAUCGAGCAGUCCAUGCUAGAGGUGCGACCAGAGGCCCCGUCCGAGUACAUUGAGGAGAUGAUCGACAAGCAGGAGCCGCUGCCCAGCGUGCUCCGCCUCCUCUGCCUGCUCUCGCUCACCUGCGGCGGCCUGCCGCGGAAACAGUUCGAUUUUCUCAGACGGGAGAUCCUGCAGAGCUACGGCUUUGAGUACACUUUCACGCUGAACAACCUGGAGAAGGCGGGCCUGCUACGAAGGCAGGAUGGGCGGAACACCUACCCGGCGGUUCGGCGUGCUCUGAAGCUGGUGGUUGAGGGCCAAGACGAUUCCAAUCCCACGGACAUUUCGUACACCUUCUCGGGAUACGCGCCCCUGAGCAUACGGCUUAUCCAACAGGCGCUACAAGAUAGGUGGAAAAGCAUGGACGAGCUCCUUAGAUCGUUGCCCGGGCCACACUUUGAAAAGACACAGGCGCUAGACGCAGACGGGACGCCGGUGGAGCACGAGGCCCAGAGCAUCAGCGUAGACAGGCCCGACGGUCAGCGCUCGCUCGUUCUCGUGGUCUUCCUGGGCGGGGUGACGUCAGCGGAGAUAUCUGCGCUGCGGUUUCUGAGCGGCCAGGAAAAUUCGAAACACGAAUUCUUGGCUGCCACUACGAAGCUGGUGACCGGCACGUCGCUUCUGCAAACGUUAAUAGACGACGACUGGCGGUUGAGGAACAACAAAUGAAUCCAGUCCUUCACGAGGGUGUGUACAUAAUCAUCUUGUAUAAGCUGGCCGAGCAAACGGAAAUCUAGAGCGCACAAUAAGUGCUGGCGGUUGACUAAUAACAGAGGAGCGUAAUCCUCACGAGCUUGUAUAUGUAAUCAGAGUCAAAAGCUGGCCGUGGUGUUUGAGCUGGUGAGCAAAUAUGAGGGCUGACGCUUGAGAGACGAAUCAAGGUUCGGGGCCAGGAUACAAUAUGCAUGGAAGUGCAGCUUAUCGCCAUUAGCCUUGCAAGCUGAAGUUGUAGCACCUUUAUGCAUGCCUAGUUGCAAGAUUAGCACCUAAGCAGUUUUAAAGAGGUACACCUUCCUCUAAGUAUCAUAAAGCCUUUUAGAAGAACCCCACGAUGUUCCUCUAAGGCCGAUCGAGAUGGAGUCCAUAAAAGACACCAUCAGCCAGGUUGCGAAAAUGGAUUUCCUCUACGGAUAGGGU